AUGCCCUGGAUUACAUCACAGAUGAGCUCAACCAGUGUUCUGGACUUUUUUCCCCAUAAGACAACCAUGGCAGUGGACAUUGCUAUGAAGUUCUACUUGGGUUCAACUGCAUUAAAUGGAGACCAUCUGGAAUAUAGGAUUGCUCCUAAAAUGAACAAGCCAUUGAGGCCAUGCAUUCAACCAAAUGACAAAUCCUUGCUAACUGAGUUAAAUCAAGAGAAUAAAGUGAAAAAACGGGUUUCCUUUGCAGACAGCAGAGGUCUAGCCCUUACCAUGGUAAAAGUCUAUUCGGAGCUUGAUGACCCUCUGGAAAUUCCCUUUAACAUCACAGAACUGAUUGACAACAUAGUCAACUUAACCACUUUAGAGAAAGAACACCUGGUUUUGGAUUUUGAACAACCUGCUGCAGAUUACCUGGACUUCAGGAACCGCCUUCAGGCAGACAGUGUUUGUCUUGAAAACUGCACACUCAAGGAGCGGGCCCUUGUUGGCACUAUAAAGGUCAAAAAUCUUGCCUUUGAGAAAGCGUCAAAAUAAGAAUGACGCACAAUUCUUGGCAGAGCUUUACGGACCACGAAUGCUACUAUGUUAAAGACACAUAUGCAGGGACUGAUAGGGACACUUUCUCAUUUGAUCUUAUUCUUCCAGAUGUUAAGCCUCAAGAGAGGAUAGAAUUUGCGAUCUGUUUUGAAUGCAAGGGUAAAACAUACUGGGAUAGUAAUAAAGGACAAAAUUACCGAAUUGUUCGGUCUGACUUUCAAAAUCGCCACUGUGAACCUGAUUAUAACGCUUCUUUGGAUCAGUUCGGGAGUCCCAGGUGCUCUUAUGGCAUAUUCCCGGAGUGGUCUAGCUACUCUGGGUUUGAUAAACAAGGGCCCUACUACUAA